AUGGCGACGAGCAACGAACUAGAGUUUGCCACAGCCGUGGCGAUUGCGACAAAGCAAAGAACGUUCAAGAAAUUCUCAUUCAGAGGAUUCAACGUGGAAGCUCUUCUCAAAAUGUCCAACGUUGAUCUCUCUAAGCUUUUCAACGCUCGUGUUAGAAGGAGAUUCUAUAGAGGGUUAAAGAAGAGACCUCUGAUUCUUAUCAAGAAGCUACGUAAGGCGAAGAAAGAAGCAAAAGAUGGGGACAAGAAGAAGCCUGAAGUGGUGAAGACACAUCUAAGGAACAUGAUCAUUGUCCCUGAGAUGAUUGGAAGUGUUGUGGGAGUGCAUAAUGGUAAGAAAUUUAACGAGGUGGUGAUUAAACCUGAGAUGAUUGGUCAUUAUCUUGCGGAGUUUUCCAUGACUUGCAAGAAGGUUAAUCACCAUAAACCACGUAUAUGUGGUUGUGGUUGUUACCGUAAUUCCAGAAGGUUUAUUCCUCUGAGGUGA